AUGCGUACAGACGCCAAUGAACCAGUUAUCGUCUACAACCCAGUGACCAAAGAGUUCACCGGCAAAGCGUACAAAGAUAUUGGUAUGUUUGCAAUUUAGUCUCCAAGGUUACCCUUUACUAACAUGCACCCUAAAGAGGACCCGUAUCACUACAAGCGAUUGGAACUAUCCCUCAACCAGCGACAAAUAAAUAUCUAUUGCGAUAACAGCACACUUUCGCUUCAAAGUACUACCGGAGGCUUUGAAGCUCGCUUGGACUUGAACACCAUGACAGGUGGAUACCAGAACGAGGCAAAGUACCUGUUCGUACCUGUAUGGGUUUCACCGCUCUAG